AUGCAUGCUCCUAAGCAACCAAACUUCCUCAUCAUAGUCGCCGAUGACCUUGGCUUCAGUGAUAUCAAGCCGUAUGGCUCUGAGAUUGACACUCCUGUCCUGGACCGUCUAUCUAAAGAUGGCAUACGUAUGACCAACUUCCAUACUGCGCAGGCCUGCUCGCCUACACGGUCCAUGCUGCUCUCUGGUACCGACAACCACAUCGCUGGACUCGGUCAGAUGGCUGAGUUUGCCGAGAUGAGGAAGAAGCUCACUGGGAAGUACCCUGACUAUGUUGACAAACCGGGCUACGAAGGUUAUCUUAACUGGAAAGUUGCUGCUCUACCCGAGAUUCUCUCUGACGCAGGCUACCUAACCAUCAUGUCUGGAAAGUGGCAUUUGGGAAUGACUCCUGACGUAUCGCCGAGCGCAAGAGGGUUCAAGAAGAGCUUUGGCUUCUUGCCUGGCUGUGGCAACCAUUUCAACUACGAACCGCAGUUUGAUGCAAACGAAGAUACGAUGCUGUUGACCUCUGACGGCUUUUGGAUGGAGAAUGAAAAGCCUGUUGAUAGAAAGAAGGACUUACCAAAGGACUUUUACUCAACCAAUUUUUUCACGGAUAAGUUGAUCGACAUGUUAGCCAGCAGAACCAAGGAAGAAAAAGACCAACCCUUCUUUUCUUACUUGGCUUACACGGCGCCACACUGGCCGAUGCAGGCGCCACAUGAAGUUGUGGAGAAGUAUCGCGGCAAGUACGAUAAUGGGCCGGACAAACUCAGACUAGACCGGUUGGCCAGAUUGAAAGCGCUAGGUCUUGUACCGUCUGACGUCGAAGCUGCUCCUCCUGUUGGUUUCGAAGCCGGAGUGAAGUGGGAAGAUCUCACAGAUCAUGAGCGAGCUGUUUCUGCAAGGAAGAUGGAAGUCUACGCCGCCAUGGUUGAUGUGCUCGAUCAGAAUAUCGGGAGGGUGGUCGAUACACUUGAAGCAUCGGGCGAACUAGAUAACACUUUUAUCUUGUUCAUGUCAGACAACGGCGCAGAGGGAUCUACGUUGGAAGCAGCGCCUCUCUUGUCAUCAUUCAAAACACUGGGCGAACUGAUUGAUGCAUACUAUGACAACAGUCUCGAGAAUAUUGGUAGACACGACUCGUAUGUUUGGUACGGCUCACGGUGGGCAUGCGCCGCCACUGCCCCUUCUCGCGGGUUCAAGGGAUGGUCAACGGAGGGUGGGAUUCGCUGCCCUUGCCUCAUUCGCUUUCCGCCAAUUUCAGAGGCUUCCGAGACUAUUUCUCAUUCAUUCACAACUGUCAUGGAUAUUCUACCCACAAUCCUCGAUCUUGCACAGGUGCAGCACCCAGGAACCUGUUUCAGGGGCCGAGAAGUUGUCAUUCCUCGAGGAAAGUCCUGGGUGAACCAUCUUUCGUCUCCUACAGGACAUCCUACCGUCCACGAAGAUGCGAAUCACAUCCAUGGCUGGGAAUUAUUUGGCAAUCGCGCUAUCCGUAAAGCAAACUGGAAAGCAGUGUUACUGGCGAAGCAGGGUGGAGAUAGUUGGGAGCUGUUUGAUGUAGACAACGAUCCGGCUGAGCAACAUGAUCUGGCGAGGAAACACCCCGAGAUCUUGGAGGAGAUGCUGGUACAUUGGGCGACGUAUGUUGCUGAGACGGGCUUAGUGGAAGAUGCGUUUUGA